UGUCUGCUUAAGUACCGGGCGGGAUUUCCGCAAUACAUUAAGUAUGGCGAAGACCUACGAUUAUUUGUUUAAACUGCUGUUAAUCGGGGAUUCCGGCGUCGGGAAGACCUGUGUGCUGUUCAGAUUCUCGGAGGAUGCCUUUAACUCGACGUUUAUUUCGACGAUAGGCAUCGAUUUCAAGAUCAGGACAAUAGAACUAGAUGGCAAGAAGAUAAAGUUACAGAUAUGGGACACAGCUGGACAGGAGCGAUUCCGAACGAUCACAACAGCAUAUUACAGAGGUGCAAUGGUAAGAUGAUGCUGAAGUAUAUAC